AUGUCAUUAAAAGCUUAUGAAGAUGCGUGUAUGCGAGCAGAAUUAUUCAAUCAACAAAAACCUGACAAGGAUGAGUUUUUAGAAAAACACAAAUAUUUGGAUGUGAAUGAAUUCGAGGAAGUUGACAUUAAGUCAACAGAGGAAACAGCCAUAUUAAAUGAUGGACUUCAAGAAUCGGCUGCUUUAAGCGAAUUAGGAACUAUUCUUAAUUCCACUCAUAGUAAAUUGAAUCGUCUCAAGGGGGUCUGUGGUACCGUGACAAAUUAUUUUCGAGUGAAAUUAGCAUCUAAAGAUUUAUCAUACUCCAGUGAUCCAAGCUACAUCGGUCAAACGAAUUAUGACAAAGAUUUCGUUUCGUCGGCAAAUUCGGAAUAUGCAUCUGUCAACACCGACUUAGAAUACAGAGACAAUGAAAUGACACCGAGGGCGGGAAAAAGACAAAAAGGUGGUGACAUUAAUUCCGCAAUUGAGGAUUUAAAACAGAUGGAAAAGGCGGAAAAUAGUUUUUCAUUGGGUGGGAUGUUGCAAUAA